UGAAAUAAUUUGAUACGUCAACUGCACUAUUUUUUAUUUGUAAUCGUUAACGUGCCCGUAUUUCAUUGGCGGUCGCAGAGAAGUUCUGUGAACACUGUAGCAGCAGAUGUGUAGUCCUACUUCUGUGCACUACCGAAAAGAACUUCCGGCUUCCGCCUCCGUUCGCCAAAAAGCAGCCGCAUAAUCCCUGUGCUAAAAUUCCAGAGGCUCGACCGCACAAAGUGAUUCAGGCUCAGGGCCGAGAGAAGAUUCUCACAACGGUUUUCGUACCGUAACUGCAACUGCAAUGAUCUCCAGUGCGAAAAGUUCCAAGCCAAACAGUCAGAGCCUUUAAAAGGACCACAGUGGAUCGCCACUUGCUCCAUCAUCGCUUAGGGGGACCUCUAUUAACUGUUGUUGUUCACCCGCGACCGAGCGGCAGACCUUCGAUUCUGCAUAUCAAUGGUUAUUGUGCUUCCGGGCGUAGCUCGCCCCCCUCCUCGUUUCCUAUGCUCAUUUCCCCGUUUCCUACGCGAAGCUUCUCUCUGCAACUCUGCAAUCUCAUUUCCGAGUCGCAGGUCCCCUCCAUUUAAACGGAUUUUCCAAGCUUGCCUCCAAACGAACUCUGCCAACAGCAAUUCUGGGACACAAUUAUCCACGGAGCCCUCUGAACUCAUAUUUUUGGGCACGGGAACCAGUGAAGGUAUCCCACGCGUAAGCUGCCUCACCAAUCCACUAAAGACAUGUGCGGUUUGCUCAAAAGCAGUUGAACCAGGUAACAAGAACAGAAGACUUAACACAAGCAUUAUUAUUCGCUAUCAGAAGUCCUUUGGAAAAUGUAACAUUCUUAUAGAUGCUGGCAAGUUUUUCUACCAGAGUGCUCUUAAAUGGUUCCCCACUUUUGGGAUAAGAGACAUUGAUGCAGUCAUUAUUACCCAUUCUCAUGCGGAUGCAAUUGGAGGUCUUGAUGAUCUCCGUGAUUGGACAAACAAUGUCCAGCCUUUUAUCCCAAUUUAUGUGGCAAAGCGUGAUUUUGAGGUGAUGAAGAAGACUCAUUAUUAUCUGGUGGAUACAAGUGUGGUGAUACCUGGUGCUGCAGUAUCUGCGUUGCAAUUUAAUAUCAUACAUGAGGAACCAUUUAUUGUCCAUGAUCUUAAGAUUACUCCUUUACCUGUAUGGCAUGGGAAGAAUUACCGUUCUCUUGGCUUUCGUUUUGGUAAUGUCUGUUACAUUAGUGAUGUAAGUGAUAUACCUGAAGAAACAUACCCACUUCUCAAGGAUUGUGAAAUCCUGAUUCUGGAUGCACUUCGACCAGGUCGUUCAUCUGCAACGCAUUUUGGACUCCCAAAGGCUCUAGAGGAAGUUAGGAAGAUCCAACCAAAGAGAACUCUUUUCACUGGAAUGAUGCAUCUAAUGGAUCAUGAUAAAGUGAACGAGGAACUCAGAGGGUUAAUGGAAACGGAGGGUUUGGAUGUACAAUUGAGCUAUGAUGGGCUUCGUAUUCCAAUACUGCUUUAGAGUUGUAAUUUCAGUCAUACUGUCGGCCAUUCUUUCCUCAAUAAACACAAUUAUUUUGAGACGAAAUGAAGUUUUGGAAUGCCAAUUGGACUUUCAAGAUCUUGAGCUAACAUUUUUUCUUAUUUGUAUUUUUGGCCAGCAAACAAAGUUUUACCUGGUCAAUUCCUGUGUUGUGCGCGUGAAGUUGACAAGGGGAUGUUGCAUAUGAUAUUCUUAGAUGAAAGUGCUUGUUUUGGUCAAUGGGUUCCCUGAUAAUUGCUGGUACGGUUUAUUUUCCUGUCCUAACUGGAAGUAGUUAAAUGAUUAAAUCGAGAGAGAGAGAGAGAGAGAGAGGGAGUGCAAACUUUGAUUCUUUAUCAGUGGUGUGGAAAUGAAAAAAUACCAGAAAUGUUUAGUGAAGUGAAACUGUUGAUUUUGUACCUGCUAUGACUACCCAUUUAGUUAAAUCUGAUCAUCCACUGUACAUCACCA